CUGGGGUCGCUCCAGGAUUUGUUCGGAGUGGUCGGCGAAAAGGACGCAAUAUGAUUGGUCGGCUCGGCAUUACUACCACGGUGAUUACGGGCUUGCUGGCCCCCCAGCACCCCAAUCGAGCCCCCUGUAGGUGCAGCGAGGUCCAGGUGAGCGCCAACCGACGGCAAAUUGCCGCUUCCGGUUCUCCGCGCCUAUUGUGUGGAUCCCCUGACCCACGCCAUAGCGUGAAAAUUUCAAUAUAAUUGGAGCACUCCCGACAAAAGUUUUAUUCCUGUCCAACUUUCUUUUUACCCCCAAUUAAGAUGUUGUCUAAAGUCGCUACCAGAUCCUUCUCCUCCUCUGCUGCCAAUGCCUACAAGGUCGCCGUUUUAGGUGCCGCCGGUGGAAUUGGUCAACCAUUGUCCUUAUUAUUGAAGUUGAACCACAAGGUCACCGACUUGGCCCUUUACGAUUUGAGAGGUGCUCCAGGUGUUGCUGCUGACGUUUCCCACGUCCCAACCAACUCCACCGUCAAGGGUUACAACCCAGACCAAAUCGAAGCUGCAUUGACCAACUCCGAUGUCAUUGUCAUUCCAGCCGGUGUCCCAAGAAAGCCAGGUAUGACCAGAGACGACUUGUUCAACACCAACGCCUCUAUUGUCAGAGACUUGGCCAAGGCUGCUGCUGACUACGCUCCAAACGCCGCCGUUUUGGUUAUCUCCAACCCAGUCAACUCCACUGUCCCAAUUGUUGCUGAGGUCUUCAAGUCCAAGGGUGUCUACAACCCAAAGAAGUUGUUCGGUGUCACCACCUUGGAUGUGUUGAGAGCCUCCAGAUUCGUCUCUGAAGUUGCCGGUACCAACCCAGUCCACGAAAAGGUCACCGUCGUCGGUGGUCACUCUGGUAUCACCAUUGUCCCAUUGUUGUCUCAAACCGAACACAAGUCCUUGGACACUGAAACCAGAGAUGCUUUGAUCCACAGAAUCCAAUUCGGUGGUGACGAAGUCGUCCAAGCCAAGGAUGGUGCUGGUUCCGCCACCUUGUCCAUGGCUCAGGCUGGUGCUAGAUUCGCUGGUUCCGUUUUGGACGGUUUGGCCGGUGAGAAGGACGUUGUUGAGCCAACUUUCGUUGACUCUCCAUUGUUCAAGAGCGAAGGUGUUGAAUUCUUCUCCUCCAAGGUCACCUUGGGUGCUGAGGGUGUCAAGACCAUCCACAACUUGGGUGAAUUGUCUGACCACGAAGAAGAAUUGGUCAAGGGUGCCAAGGACACUUUGAUCUCCAACAUCAAGAAGGGUGUUGAAUUCGUCAAGCAAAACCCAUAGAUGUAUAUAUAGGGCCCUGGCCCAGUAAUGUAUGGAUAAGAAGCAA